CCUUCUAGGGACCAUAGGACGCGCUGACGUCAUUCCGCCUGCGACAGAAAAAGAAAUCCUAUCGCGCAUGCGCAGUAGGCUGACCUUCCGGGGACAGAAGCAGCCAUGCCCGGGACCGUGGAUUUACCCACGGCUGAUGAGCUGUCAGUGCAGGAGGUGAAUGUCAGCUCCGCUGUGCUGAAGGCUGCGGCCCACCACUAUGGGUCCCAGUGUGACAAGCCCAACAAAGAUUUCAUGCUGUGUCGCUGGGAAGAGAAAGACCCAAGAAAAUGUCUGAGUGAAGGCAAAAAAGUGAACGAAUGCGCCCUGGACUUUUUCAGGAAAAUUAAGACUCACUGUGCUGAGCCUUUUACUGAAUAUUGGACUUGUCUCGACUAUACUGGUUUAUUGGAACUCCGUCGCUGUCGUAAACAGCAGCAGGCAUUUGAUAACUGUGUUCUUGACCAGCUUGGUUGGGUGAGACCAGACCUGGGAGAAUUGUCUAAGGUGACAAAAGUGAAAACUGACAGACCUCUCCCAGAAAAUGUCUAUCACUCAAGACCAAGACCAGAACCAAACCCUCCUGUUGAGGGAGAGUUAAAACCAUCCAAAUAUGGCAGCAAGCUCUUCUUCUGGAACUGGUAGAUGUGCACUUCCCAAUGCCAAGAUCUGGUCUUGCGUCCACACUUCAGUUUUAUUAUCUAUGUGGGAACAGAAUAAAUUAAUGAACUAUC